AUGAAGUCAGAUGUGUGGAUCGAGUUUCAGGAGCUUCACGGUCAGGUCCACUGCGACGAUGGCACAAUGCCCGAGAAAGAAGGAUUAGAGAAGUUCUACAAGCUCACCGUGGAUGCUUUCGGGGGCCUCGGUAUGCACUUCCAUCACGCACGAGACCUGGGCCAUUACCUUGGAGUGGCCGGUUUCAAAAACGUACGCUGCAGAAUCUUCAAAAUCCCGAUUGGCCAUUGGCCCAAUGACGACAAGAUGCGCUCAGUAGGCAUGUUCAUGGCAUCAGCUGUCGCAGACGCCAUUCCUGCGUUUGUUGGAAAGCCAUUCGAGGCACACGGCAUCUCAGCACAGGACGGCAAGGCCUGGCAGACAUUGGCAAUGCAGGCUCUUGCGGAUAACAGCAAGCACCGCUACUUCAAUUUCUAUUUUUGGUACGCACAGAAACCAUGA